AUGGCUAACGAGGUCGUCAUGGAUAUCGUGAACGGUUUCCAGAUGAAGAUGGACAUGGAGAUGUAUGGCUCAACGAAUGUGACAAUGGGCACGAUGUACGAUUGGAUGGAGUGCUUCUCGGCCAUCAAGAGCAUGUCGGCCAUGCUGAACCCGGAGCAAGACGUCUACGACAGCAAUGGCUACACCACGAACAAGCACUGGGUCUCUGGCCCCAACCACGUUUUCAAGAACAUCUUGGAUGCCAUGUUCAAGGGCGCAUACAUGGACAUGUACGACUCCUUCUUCCUCAUGGAGAUGGAUGCGGUCCCUAUCAAGUCCAAUUGGCUCGACCAGUUCGAGAUGGAGGCGCAUGAGGUUCAUGACAACAACCAGGCGGUGCGUGGCAGCCAAUACCUAGGCGACAAGUGGGAUCUGUUCGAGCACCAGAUGCCAGUGUACUUGGUCGACCACAUCAACGGCAAUGCCAUCUACAACCUGAAGCACCCUUGGACCAGGUAUUUGUACGACACCUUCACGAUGGUGGGGGACGCGAGCAUGAUGGAAGAGAUGGCCUUCGACGUCGCGUUCGCCAUGAUCACGAUGGCUGCCAUGUCGGGGGAUCCCAUGUAUUCUACAAACUGGACCGGCGACAACAUGACUUACAACACGCACACCAUGCUAGUGGGCAACUACGCAAACACCCUCCUGAACACGAGCUACGAGUUCGGAACCUACAUCCGUCACGGCUCUGGCAAGAAUCUCUUCGAGAACUUGGAUGACGACGACGUCACGUUGGGAGUUGCCUACUUCGAUCACCAGGGCCACUUCAUGGAGACUGUUCCGACGCACCAUCCCUUCAAGAAGAUCCUGGGCAUCACCUACUUCGAUCAGCCCAACUCUACCCAGACGAUUGUCGCCCCGGACGGCAAUGUCACAAUGAUGAUGCAGACGGCCAUGUAUGGGCCUUACUACCACCUCUGCGAGAUUGCGAAGUUGGUGGACACCGAGUGGUUUGCCCUCACUGACAACUACCACAUCGUGAAGGCUCCUGUGAGCGUCCUCAUGGAUGAGAGCAGUGAGAUGAAGAAGCCAGUGCUGCCGUACGUCCUCAAGGACUCCAAGUACUGUGGCGAGCGUCCGAACUGCAAGGCCUCCAUGGAGCAGGCCGAGGAUCUGUUCAGCAUUAACUUGAACUACCACCACGACAAGUACGAGGUGCUGUACAAGACCGCUGAUGCACGCAUGUUCUGCGACGCUUGGGACGCGGCCACCGAGGGCAAGAGCUGGGGGAACUGCAGCCUGGCCUUUGGCCCCACCGCGGACGACUACAUUGCUUGGAAGAUCAGUGACCCAAAGUACAACAUCGCUGAUGAGUUCACCCCGAAGGACAAGACACGCUAUGGCUGGAGAGCCUGGACUAGCUUGUGGAACCCAGCUCCGGUCGAUGACCGCAUGUGCGACACGACGCUGUACGGUGUGAAGGACGGCCUGGACCCUGUUUGGUACCACUGCACCCUAGCAUCCCUACCAAUAUGUCUAGCAUCAUGA